CUCCGCUGCCAAAUGCAGUCGCUAAACGCAGCAAGAAAAAUCAAUAGUGCAUAAUUAGAAAAUUUAUAAUUAAAAGCAAAAGUGCAUUUAUUGUAAGAAAUCUUAAAGGCCAUGAAGUGGGAGAACUAUUGUGAUUUCGUCGCAGGCUGUUUUGGUGGUGCUUGCGGCGUGCUGGUGGCGCAUCCGCUCGACACCAUCAAGACCUGGCAACAGGCAUCCAACACAUCCGUCCUAAAGGCCGUGCAGCAAAUCUACAGCCGCAACAAUGGGAUCAACGGCUACUACAGGGGCAUGCUCUUCCCCCUGAUGUCGACGGGCGCCAUUAACUCGAUACUGUUCGGCAUCUAUGGCAACCAUUUGCGGCAGCUGCGACGCGUCUGCCACAGCGACUACCAGCGCGAGCAGCUUGAGUAUAAGAAUAUGUUCCUGGCUGGCUCUGUGGCCGGAUUUGUCCAGUCCUUCAUUGCGUGCCCCAUGGAGCUGAUCAAGAUACGGCUGCAGACGCAUUGCUACUAUAACGACUAUAUCUAUGGACAGCGACGCACAGCCUAUGGCACAUUCAAGCGGAUACUUAAGAAUGAUGGCAUCUCGGGCUUAUAUCGUGGACUUGUGCCCAUGAUGUGUCGUGAUGUGCUGCCCUAUGGCAUCUAUAUGCUGGUCUAUCGUCAGGCGGCCAACUAUAUGGAGAAAUCGGAGUUUGUGCGCAAGCGUCGAACCGAUUCGAAUGCCACAAAUAUAAAUUUAAUUAUUACGACCUUUGCGGGCGCCUGGGCUGGAGUGUUAUCUUGGGUCUGUGUAAUACCCUUUGAUGUGGUCAAGACCAUAAUGCAGGCGGAUGAGAACCAUAAAUUUCGCGGCAUAAUGCAUUGUGUACUGGUCAACUAUAGGGCCUAUGGGUGGCGCAGCAUUUUUCGUGGCAGUUGGAUGCUGUUGGCACGUGCGAUACCUUUUAACGCGGCCACCUUUUUGGGUUAUGAGUAUUCGCUGGAGUUGUGUCAUAGUUAUUGAAAUACAAAUAAACAAAACGCAGUUUCGAUUUAAA